AUGAACAAGUCAAGGCGCUCUCGCCGUCAUUUGAAUGGUCCUGUGAAGGCCAACCACAGGACCAAGGGAUAUUCCAAUCAGGCUCUCAGCGAUGUUUCUUCUGACCGUUUGCACAGAAUACAGUCUUGGCUGGAUGCAACACCGGCGGCUCCUGAUGAACUUCACGACUCUGUAGAAGAUGACACACAGACAAACAACCGGAGUCGUACGUCGAGUUGGCGCCCUCACGAUCUUCCAAUUGCGUCUAUAUCCCCGAACUAUCGCAGGAACAACCGCCCGAGAGAUCGGCAUACAAAUGAGGAACGUGUUUGCAAAAUGUCCCAAGAACCCUUUCCCGAUGACCCAUACCCAAGUUCGCACUUCGAAGCUUCUCUUGAGGCUGAGUUUGACAAGGAGAACAAGAAAAGGUCUCCAAAUGAUGAGUCCGACAGAAACCCAUUCGAACGACGACCAAGAAGAAAAACACGCCCAGACCGUUACUCAUCCAAGAACAAAGAAGCUAAGAAGUCACCAGCAAAGACUAAAAACGAAAGAUCGCAAAGAAAGUCACGCCCACAGAAGCAUCGUCUUCGAUCGAGCCAAGACAUCAUGACUAACUUUGCCUCCGGGGCCAUCCCUAACACGAGGAUGAAACCUAACCUUACUACUGGGCUUUUUCUCAAUGGUCGGUCAUCUGCCGCUGCGCCAGUUGCAGAUCUUACGUUCAACGACACGAGAUUCUUGGAACCAAAAACAAGCCCGAAAAAGAAGCAUCAAGACGUUCAACUCAACACAAAUGGAGAGAUAGACCACGAUGAAGAUGAGACUCCCUACAACCUCGAAUCCCCUCCGCGGCAACACACCAACUGCCAAAAGACAGCAAUAAUUGACAAAGAUGUGGAGGGAAAGGUAAAUCGAGAAGCCGAUCACACUUCUCAAGCAGACUGCAAUUCGUUGAAUGGAUCCAACUCAGAACCAAGCCCUGAAACUCCAAGGACGAUGCUCAAGAAACUCAUCGAGACUGGUAUAUUUGACGGUACGGGCAUUCUGAAGCUUACUUCUGAUAAGAAUUUGCAGCAAGACCCGGUUAGAGAUGGUGAGAAUGGUAUCCUUGAAAACGUACAGCUGGUUGGAAGCCGUGCAGAUCAACAUGGAGCGUCGACAGCGGAUCCCAGCAAGGACUCGACUAUACCAUCAACAACGCUGCCUCAAUCGAAUACUGCAACCUUCUACCAGGGUCACUAUGGAAAUUUUCAGAACAAAUCAGCUGAUACAGGAUGCCUUGAGCGUCAUGACGAGAAAAUUCCGCUUUGCACCCGCGGCACCACGCAAGUGUGUUCUUAUUAUCGAGCGAAUCCAGUCAAUACGAGAGAGGAGCAUGAGCCUUCUACAACUCAGAACCUCACCCCAGGCCUUGAAUUGGCACUUGAUCCUGCUGUCAAUGGUAGGUGGGGGUCCAUGUCUAUAUAUGAGGCUUCGGAAGGGGGACGUCAAUACAUCCCACGCAUUGAUCAGAAGGACCAAAGGAGACCAACACUUACAAACCCUGACAGUGACUCCGCAGAUUUUGGCUACCUUGUACAUCCAACAAGUAUACAGAACCCUACAAUUGCGAGCACGGAGCUGCCAAUACUUGGCGGCUGGCAACGCUACGGUGAGAUCAAAUUGCCACAACAGUCGUUAGAUACCAAGCAUCAUCUUCACCUUACUCAUGGGGAUGUUAGCAUACCGGGGCCAAACUCAAUGCUGUUCCCUAUACCAUCGAAAGAGGUGUACCCCACACAAGACGAGAGGGAAUACACCAAUGCACAAACCCAACGACCGCGCCGAAAUUGUGGUAAUGAAACAGUGCAAGAAUUCUUCGAAAGAAUCGAGGGUGAGGUAAUUUUGAAAUAG